AAUGAUGAGAGUAAGCUCCCAGUUUGGACCCUGUUAGUGUAUAUAGCACAACAGACGGGUCUGUUUCAUACACAUCAACCUUCACCAACUUCAUAUAACUCUUGGAGAAGUCCAUGAGAACCGUCUUACUUCACACGUUACUAACCAUUGCAACCAUUACUACUAGUAUAGGUUCAUGCAAUGGAAACCUGGGUGUGCCUUGUAUAGAAAGCGAAAAACAGGCGCUUCUCAUUUUCAAGCAAGAUCUUAAAGAUCCUUCAAAUCGGCUUUCAUCAUGGGUUGCUCAAGAAGAUUCCAACUGCUGCAAUUGGGCUGGAGUUGUCUGUCAUUACUCCACCGGCCACAUCUAUGAGCUACAUCUUGACAACCCGGUGGCUUCCAUCUCUUCCUUGGGUGGUAAGAUAAAUCCUUCCCUGCUCAAUUUAACGCAUCUUACCUACUUGAACCUAAGUAACAAUAACUUUCAAGGGACAAAGAUUCCUGGCUUCUUUGGUUCUCUUAAGAGUUUAACUCACCUUGACCUCUCAGAAGCAAGCUUCGGAGGAAUGGUUCCCCAUCAACUGGGAAAUCUUUCCAGUCUAAGCCAUCUCUUUCUUGGUGGCGACGGCCUGAAAGUUGAGAACCUCCGAUGGAUUUCUGGUCUUUCUCGGUUGGAACACCUGGACAUGAGUGGUGUUAAUCUUAGCAAAGCAUCUGAUCAUUGGCUGCUAGUGACAAACAUGCUCCCCUCCUUGGUAGAAUUACGCAUGGUCUAUUGUCAACUUCAUAGCAUUCCACUUCUACCUAUCGUCAAUUUUACUUCACUUGCCAUCCUUGAUCUUUCUCGGAACGAAUUUAGUUCUUUCAUUCCCGGGUGGGUUUUCAGUCUUAGAAAUCUAGUUUCUCUUUAUCUGGUGGGUUGUGGCUUCCAAGGUCCGAUUCCGAACAGUCCACACAAUAUCACGUCUCUCAGGGAAAUUGAUCUCUCCAGGAAUUUUCUUAAUCUUACGAUACCCGAGUGGUUGUUUCACUACAAACACCUCACUCUUUUGGACCUGGGUUACAAUUACCUUGAAGGGCCACUGCCAGAUGGUAUGAUGAAUAUGACUGGUCUUAAAGUUCUUAAUCUCAAAGUGAACCAAUUCAAUUCAACCAUACCUGAGUGGUUGUAUAGUUUUAACCAUCUUGAGUCCUUAAUUCUUUCUUUCAAUAACUUUCGGGGUGAAAUUUCAAGUUCCAUUGGAAAAUUGACAUCCAUCAUCAACCUAGAGUUGAAGCAUAAUCUGUUGGUAGGAAAAAUGCCAAAGUCAUUGGGAAAUCUUUGUAAAUUGAUGGUUCUUGAUCUUUCAUGGAACCGAUUCACGGUUGGAAGGUUAACAGAAAUCUUUGAAGCUUUGUCUGUGUGUGGUUCAAAUAGAAUACGCGUCCUUUAUCUUUCUCAUAAUUCAUUAUCCGGUCCCAUUCCUGUGUCCCUGGGAAAUCUGUCAUGCUUAGUAACAUUAGACAUCUCUCAAAAUCAGUUCAAUGGAACUCUUCCAGAAAGCAUUGGUCAACUCAAAAUGCUAAAGUCUUUGAAUAUAUCCCAUAAUUCAUUGGAAGGUUUAGUCUCUGAAGUUCAUUUUACUUGUCUUACAACAUUGUCAAGCUUCCUUGGAAACGGAAAUUCAUUGAUGCUCAAUACUAGUCGAGAUUGGACUCCUCCUUUUCAACUUCACGACUUAGGAUUAGAUUCCUGGCAUAUAGGUCCUGAAUUUCCUAUGUGGAUUCAGCGACAAGUCCAGUUACAGAAUCUAAGCUUAUCUAGUACAGGACUUUCGGGUCCCAUUCCCAAUUGGGUUUGGAACUCAUCUUUAGUUUUUCUUGAUCUCUCUCGCAAUCAAUUGCAUGGAGAGAUCCAAUGUUUAGUUGCUUCCCAGUUGUCGAUAAUUGACUUGAGUUCUAACCAGUUCAACGGUUCAUUACCUCUUAUUUCUUCCAAUGUACGUACACUAGAUCUUUCCAAUUCAUCAUUUUCUGGAUCUGUCACCAGCUUCUUUUGUGAUACAAGAAAUGGGCCAAAACAACUUGAAGUUCUUCAUCUCGCGAACAAUCAUCUCGUUGGAAGAAUUCCUGAUUGUUGGAUGAAUUGGAAAAGCCUGAAAAUUGUGAAUUUAGAAGACAACAAGUUGACUGGGAAUAUUCCAAGCUCCAUGGGAUACUUGCUAGACCUCCGAUCACUCCACCUGCGCAAUAAUCAGCUAUCUGGGGAAUUACCUCUAUCAUUGCAGAACUGUACUAAAUUGCUGGUUGUUGACCUUGGUCUGAAUAAGUUUGGAGGAAGCUUACCAACAUGGAUGGGAAAAAGCUUUCCAGACUUGAUGGUUCUUAACCUUCGUUCAAAUAAGCUUCAGGGAGACAUUCCGUAUGAACUAUGUGAUCUCGCAAAUCUCCGAAUCUUGGACAUUGCAAAUAACAAUCUCUCGGGAACAAUACCAAGAUGCUUCAACCGUUUUCUUGCCAUGAGCACCAUGACAGAAGCUAAUCUUACUUGGUUAAAAGAUUUGUUUGGUAUUGAUCCGUCGGAACUGACUAAUAAUGCGGUCAUGGUGACAAAAGGGAGAGAAGUGCAAUACAGCAAGAUUCUUACACUUGUGAAAAGCAUGGACAUAUCAGCCAACAUUAUAUCUGGGGAGAUUCCCGAGGAACUGACCAGCCUCAUUGCCUUGCAAACAUUGAACUUAUCAAACAAUCUUUUGACCGGAAGAAUCCCUUCAAAGAUUGGUGUCACUAAGCUGGGUCAGUUAGAAUCUCUUGAUUUGUCGACGAAUCAUGUUCUUGGUGAAAUUCCUGCAAGCAUGACCAAAAUGACAUUUCUGAGUCGCUUGAACUUGUCAUACAACAAUUUGACGGGACGGAUUCCAGAAAGCACUCAACUUCAGAGCCUUGAUCAAUCCAGCUUUGUUGGCAAUGAACUUUGUGGUCCUCCACUCAUCAAGAAUUGCAGUGCAAGGAAGGUGACACCACCAACAGUUGAGCAACAGAGAGGAUAUGAUUUACUUGACGACAAGUGGUUCUACCUGAGCUUGGGAUUGGGAUUCGCGGUUGGUUUUUGGAGUAUACUUGGCUCCUUGCUCAUUAACAUGCCAUGGAGCUUUGCUUUUUCGCAAUUCCUCGAUAGCAUUGUGCUUAAAAUUUAUGCUUUAAUUGUUGAGUAUGUUUAG